UCUAGUUCAACGUCAACCACAACAACUAUAGAACCUCCAUCAACAACAUCAACUACACAAUCCCCAUCAACAACUACAACAACUGCACAACCCCCAUCAACAACAUUGUAUACUACUGAAUCAGUGGCUUCAGUGACCAAGGGACCCUCAACACCUGUGAACAGCCCCAGCUCCAGUGAGCAGAGAAUGACAUCUGUCACACAGGUUAACCUGACAGGCAGAGAGGAGACGGAUAACACACAGUGGUACAUCAUAUUGCCUGGGGCACUGGGUGGACUUGCUGUGGUAUCUCUGGUCAUAUUCCUGGUGUGGAGAAACCGAACAUCAAGGAAAAGAAACCUACCACGAUUAAUACAGAAAAAUCGAUCGGAUUCACAGGAAGACAUACUUGAGAUGCAGGACAACCCGGCCUAUUGGACGUCCAUGCAAGCUGCCAAAAGCACGUCGUCACAAUCAGAAGAUGCCGAAGAACAAGAAAAAAUUGAGAUGCAAGACAAUCCUGUUUACUGGAAAUCCAGCCACGCUGUCAAGGACCACUCCACUCAACUCGCAGAUGCAGAGAAGGAAGACAAUCAUGUUUACUGGACCCCCAGCCUCGAUACCGGGGACAACUCCACUCAACUUGCAGAUGCAGAGAAACAAGUUAAUCCUGUUUACUGGACCCUAGAACCGCAUUGUCAUGGUCCACCCCACACAGCUGGACAACGCAAAGAGGAAUGCUGAUACUGGUGCUUUCUGGUGUUCAUCUCAUCAGAACCGGUCGUACUGGUAUUGAGGAUGUACUCCUUUAACAUGUAAUGUGAACAUAUUAGUCGUUUAGUGAGAAAACGACACUGAUAGAAAGCAUUGUUAAUCUGAUGCGAAGUUGAACAUUGACAUUUAUGUUUCUUGUAUUGAACAAUCACUGAAUUCAAACUUGAUAGUACCCGUGAACAUCCGGGUCAGAAGAGGUCUUCAGCAACGCAUGCUUGCCGUGAAAAGCGACUAUGCAAGAGGCGAGUAAUGGGAUCGGGUGGUCAGGCUCGCUGACUGCUCGUGAUGCCAGUCACUGGAUUGUCUGGUCCAGACUCGAUUAUUUACAGACCGUCGUCAUGUAUAACCGAUGUUAUAUUUGGGAUAACACUUUCUUAGUUAUGUAGCUGGAAUAUUGCUGCGUGCGGCGUUAAACAACCCGAACUAAAACAAUCAAAUUCAAUAGACAAUCUAUUCGGAUGUAAGAAAGGAACACUGUGCUACAAAUCCAUGUUUGCAUGUCUGCAUUUGGGUCUGUCAGCUGUCCAAAUCGUGUUUGUAUUGUUUGAUUAGAAGAGCAAAUAGCGGUAUCAUUUGCGGGGAUGCUGCGCCAUUCUUUUAUUGCUAGAGGAGUCACUGAAUCACUUGACAGUUAUUACAGACCUUAUAUAUUUAAACUCAGAUCCAGAUAAACUCAUUUAUAUCGGUCAAUAGAACGUAUCCAUAGUUUCAACUAUGGAGGAUAUGUAUACUCAGUAUUUCGUAUCACAACGAGUAUCCAGAGGAAUGGUUCUCGUAACCCUUUUCGAGACAGUCAGUUGUUUUAAUAAGUCAUUUGACAAGUUUUAAUAAUCCAAAAUCAUAUUUGAUUGUGCUUUUGUAAAACAAAAAACAAAAUCAUAUUUAAAAAUAUAGGCCACUGAUAUUGUUUCUCGGCUUCAUUGCGGAGGUCAGUCUCACUGUGAGUCCCUAUGGUUCUGUGUGGUUGAGGGUUAUCUGUAGCCUAAGUUAUAUUGUGUGUCGCUGUCUUGCUGCAACGUUAAGUGCUUGCACAUUAAUAUAUAUAUGCUUACUGGUCAUCUGACUGUCCUUUGCUGAAACAAUUCUGAAUAUAAUUAUAAAUAUUUCAUGAAUGCUCUUGUCUCCAUACGGGGGAACUAUUUCCGAAUUUAUCAUUUUUGUAGCUCUUUCACUCAUUGAUAUUAUUUAUUCCUAAAUUAUUAAGAAACCUCAUUUGGAUCAAUUUUGACAGUGAAUGUAUGACAGCUCUUUAAAUUAAGAAUAACUAACUAGUUUAAUUAAUCAUGGUCAUAUCGAAGGUUUUUUUAAUAGGCAACCACAUGUGGCGUCUCCAUGGGCAAGGGAAUUGUUCGCAUUAUGCCUCCGCUCACCCAGCAGUGAAUGGGUACCCGGUUGGAUUACAUAGUAAUUUGACUGUUAACCUUCUCGCACCUCACGGGCAGAUUGCGUUGCACAAAUCACAGGGGGCUGAGAAUGAAAAUCGAGUGCAGACAGAUCAAUAAAGCUGGGUAAUAUUAAUGUAGCGCUUCGAGUAGGUAUUGUUGUGGAAUUUGGCUGUACAAGUGAACUUCUCCUCUUACGUACGUGUCUCCCUGGCUUGUAGUGAUAAGCGGGUUCCGGUGCGGGAGUGAUCACGAGGGUCGGAAAGCGUACGUCAUGCUGAGAAAUAGAUAGUAUUACUUUUGUGUGUAUCCGUGUCGUAAAUAUUGUCAUAGUGAACGAUUUGGGACACCCAUUGUCUGAAUGAACAUUUAAUUCCAGAGGUUGAUUACCCUGUAGCCAUGAA